AUGUCAAAUGAUGAAAUCUUAACUACCAUAUUUGAUACAUUAGCAAAAUAUUAUAUUUAUAAUGUGAUUGUUGUUGCAAACAAUAAAACAUUAACAUAUUAUCCUUACAAGUAUGAAAAUAUGCGCAAUCCAUUACUAACCUAUGAAGAAAUUACAACUUUGGAUUAUUUUCCAAACAAAUUGCCGAAACUUUGGAGAAACACUACAAUAACAACCUGUUAUGUUUUUAUGCCUCCAUAUUAUUUGGGAGAUAUUCGUAACGGUUCUGAUGUGAUUCUGGUCGAAUCAAUUUUAAAACCUCGCUUGCGAAUGUCUACGAAUAUGUCGGAAUCCACUUUCUGGGGCACCAAAUUAAGGAAUGGGGCAUACAUUGGAGGAAUGGGUGAUCUUAAAAGUAAAAAAGCUGAUAUAGUACUAGGCGGUGCAAUGUUCACACAUUCUGAUACUUACGAUGAUUUUGAUACCACUACCCCAUAUUAUGAUGAUGCUGCAUUGUGGCUUGUACCCAUAGCUUUGGAAUACACUUCAUUGGUACAUUUAGUGAUGGUUUUUACUAGGGAAACUUUUAUGUUAAUACUUAUAACCAGUGCAUGUUUAACUAUUGCGUGGAUCUUUAUUCCAAGAUGCCUGCCAGUGAAAUAUCCAUAUUAUUUGUCAAUAUGGAAUGUCUCCACAAAAAUUUUGCGUAAUUUCUGUGGUAAUGUAGAACAGCAUUCAUCACAAUCCAUUCAACUUAAAUGUCUACACAUUACAACACUGUUUUUCGUAAUUACUAUCGCAGCAGCCUUCAGUGGAGCACUUUUUGGCAAUUUGACAACACCUGUAUAUGAGCGUCAAAUUUCUACUGUUCAAGAUGUUAUAGAUAGCAAACUUAUAAUAACAAUGUCAAGCGUAAUGAGAAAUACUUAUUAUGGAUUUACGGACAAAAAGAAACAAUACAUUUAUAAUGUAACAGUUCAAGUUGACGAUGCGGUAGAAAUGGAUGCAAUAUUGAAGAGGAUUGCAGUUAAACGAGAUAUUACCGGAUUUGCUAGCCGUAGAAACAUGGAAAUUCAGAAUGUGGUCAAAGGUAUCAGUUCCAGUAAAUUUGCAGUUGCACAUCCAAAUCCAACUAUGUUUGCAUUGGUUGAUGGCCAAGAACCGUUCAGUAUAAUAAUAAUACUCCAAAAAGGUCAUCCAAUGUUUGAACAGAUUAAAAAAAUUAUGGUUAUUGUGUUCGAAACUGGUAUUUACGAAAAAAUUUCGAAUGAGUUUAGGUACUAUAUUUAUUUAAAACAAUUUAAAAGAGAGCCAGCGAAGGGUGGACAUAAAGCAAUUCGCUUUGACCAGAUUCAAGGGAUAUUUUAUUGUUGGAUAGGUGCACUUUUUAUUGCAUUGGUUGUAUUUUGUGGUGAGAUUAUUUAUUAUCGAGUAAUUGACUAUAGAUGUUUAAUGUUGGAAUUAUUUGUUGUGUUAUAA